CUGCCAUGGCCACCAAAACGCAGCCAUCUUUCCCCCCCUCAUAUGUAAGAACCCAAAUCCCCUCCUUCCAUUCCCAUCAUCUCCAUUGACGCACAGAAAGAGAACAAACAGAAUGGCAGCAGCAACAGCGCGGAGUAGUGGGCAGAGGGAAGGUGCAGAGUUGGUGUACGGAGCAGAGGAAUGCUACCGCCACUCUGUCGAGCUUCUCCAGGAGCUAGGGUUCCCCAAGGGAGUCCUCCCGCUGAAGGACCUGGUCGAGUGCGGCCGAGUCAGGGAGACCGGGUUCGUGUGGAUGAAGCUCAAGGCCCCUUACGACCACUUCUUCGAGGCCACCAACACACGUGUCAGCUACGCGGCGGAGGUGACGGCCUACGUGGAGAAGCUGAGGAUGAAGAAGAUGAGCGGGAUCAAGAGCAAGCAGAUGUUCCUCUGGGUCCCCAUCUCGGAGAUGAGCAUGGAGGAUGCUUCCAGCAAGAAGAUCACUUUCAAGACUCCCAUGGGGAUCGGCAAGUCUUUCCCCGUUUCGGCUUUUAUCACCGAUGAUGACGAUGGUGACGUGGCCGCGGUGGAGCAGAAAUCGGAGGAAACAAUCCACCUGGAAGGCUGAAGAUUUGUUUUGAUUUGCAGCUUUGUUGUUUGUGCUAGCUUUGGUUUCGGAUUGCAUCAUUUUUCAGACGCUUUUUGCUCUGUUUUCCUCUGUUUUGUUCUGUUUUGUGAGCAAUAAUUCGGACCUGAUCUCUUUUGUCACUCGAACGGCGUCGUAUCCGCUUACUUAGAACUUGUGAGUUGACUAUGCUUUCUGCUUUAGCGACUUUCCUUCGUCCCCAUUCCAGCCAGGCAGAGAACCAGUACAGUAGGGAAGGAAUAUCCCUAAAGUUUCAAGCUUUACCUACCCUCCAAUCCAUUGCUGCGACCCCCCCAAUGGCGAAAGCCUGCUGGGGUUCCUUGCCUGCUACAUUAUUCCCAAUCCGCAACCUCCGGUACUAUUCAAAACCAAUCGCAGCAAUCCAAACCGGCGCUCCGAUGGAUGAUCACAGUUCUCCUUCUCCUCCCCACCCUUCACUCGAAGUCAUCGGCGGCGGCCGGGAGCUAUUCCUCCCGGCCUUGAAGACGAUUCACCAACCCUACGAUGCUUACCCAAUCAUCGCCUCCAAUCGCCACGUGGAGACCAUCUUCGCCUCAUUCUUCCGCUCCACACCGGAAGUCAGAUUCAAGCGAGAGUGCCUCCGCACCAAGGACGACGGCGCCGUCGCUCUCGAUUGGGUUUCCGGCGACGAUCGCCAAUUACCUCCUGAAUCACCGGUUCUCAUUUUGCUGCCGGGUUUAACUGGAGGGAGUGGCGAUUCUUACGUGAGGCAUAUGCUGAUUAGAGCCAGAAGCAAAGGGUGGCGUGUUGUCGUUUUCAACAGCCGAGGCUGCGGAGAUAGCCCUGUCACUACUCCUCAGUUCUACUCGGCUUCGUUUUUAGGAGACAUUCGUGAAGUAGUAGCUCAUGUGGGUGGCAGAUAUCCCAAUUCCAAUUUGUAUGCGGUUGGUUGGUCUCUGGGCGCCAACAUUCUUGUCAAUUACUUGGCUCAGGAAUCUGAUGAGACAUGCCGCCUAAGUGGUGGCGUGUCCUUGUGCAAUCCUUUCAAUUUGGUGAUUGCAGAUGAGGACUUCAGAAAGGGCUUUAAUAAUAUCUAUGACAAAGCUCUUACAAAGUCCCUGCGCAGAAUUUUCAAGAAGCAUGCACCUCUGUUUGAAGAUAUGGGUGGUGAGUUCAACAUUGAGUUGGCUGCUAAUGCCAGGACAGUCAGAGAAUUCGAUGAUGGACUGACCCGAGUUUCAUUUGGUUUCAAGUCUGUCGAUGAUUACUACUCCAAUUCCAGCAGCUCGGAUUCCAUCAAGCAUGUUCGUACCCCUAUUCUUUGCAUCCAGGCUGCCAACGAUCCAAUUGCUCCUGCUAGGGGAAUACCUCGAGAAGAUAUCAGGGAAAAUCCCAACUGCUUGCUAAUCGUAACUCCAAAGGGCGGGCAUCUAGGUUGGGUUGCAGGUGCUGAUGCUCCAUUUGGAGCUCCGUGGACGGAUCCGAUAGUAAUGGAUUUCCUGGAACAUCUUCAGGGAGCUGGUUCAACUACAUCUCAAGUCCCUAUCUCCAUUGGUAACGUGCAGCAUCUAGAAGUGUAAGCGAAUUCUAGCUCAAAAUUUUAGACUCUUGUUAAUUGUUAUGUUGUAUACCAACAAGGUUAAUACGAUGUAAAUUCAAUUCUUUCAAUGGUGCAAAGACGCAUCAGAGGAAUUGAUCCAUUGGUGUGCAUAUGAUGGACAAUAUGUGUGUCUGUUGAAAACCAGAUGCUCUGGCGAAUUAGUACCUGCAGGCUGGAAGCUAUUUCCAGAAGUGGAAAUAGCAAUAAUAUAGCUUGAUUUAUGUGUUUGGCAGUUCAUUCAGUUGUAACUUCCUUAAAAAUUGCAGCU